GAUUAUCGAUCUACCUCCUCAUCAUCAUCAUCACCACCAACAAAAUCAUCAUCAUCAUCAAAUAAUAAUGGCAAAAUUUUCAACAAAAAAUUUUAAAAAACCAUUUAAAAUGAGUUAUCGCCGUUUAUUUUCAUUAAUAUUUUUAUUAUUAACAAUAAUCAAUAUUGUAUCGAUGGUGAUUACAACAACAAUUUAUAUGAAAAAAAUGGAUCAAAAAGAACAACAAGAAAAAUUGAGCCACUUGAUAUCCGAACGUACAAAUCCAACAAAUCGUGAUGCAUAUUCAAUCGUUCGAUUCAUUUCAUUCAUAUCAUUAAUAGCAAGUAUUUCUAUAAGGAUUUUUGGUUUAAUUGCCAUUGGUAUUUGUGGUCGUGAAUUUGCAUCCACUGAAUUUGAAUCAAGUAAACGUCGUGAAUCAUUUACCGGUUGUUUAACAUAUACAUGUGCUAUGAUUAUUUUAUUAGCAGCAUAUUAUGUUAAUAUUGUACGUAUGGUACAAUAUGAUUUGAUUAUACAUUGUAUUUUAACAAUAUUUGGUGGAAUUUUUCUGGCAUUUUCCCUUCAGCCUACCGAUACUUAUUCAAAAGAAUUGAAUGAAUUAUCAAUUUGAAAAAUCAAUUUGGAAAAUCUUACUUUUUUUUGUAAAAUAAAUCAAACUCGCAUGCUUAUAAUAUAUUUCGAAAUUCUCAUUCAUAUUUACCAUUUUUUAC